AUGCGAAACGACUUAUCGUCGCGGGAGGCGUCCGUCCCCGCGGGGGACUCUGCAGCCGAGCCCUUCUUGCCCUUUUUGCUGUCGUAUUCGCCGGGUUCUGGUGACCUUUUGCGAGGCUGCAUGCACGAGGAUAAGGAGGAGUACGCCGAGGAUGGCCGGGGGAGCGAUGAGGGCAGUAGCCGAGGUAGUAGGACUAGUAGUGUAGUGAACCUGGACCAGAUCGCUGCGCAGAUGUAUGUGCGGGUGGAGGAUCUUCUCCGGGCACUGCAGAGCAGCAGUGGCAGCAGCGGCGACACCGCGUCUGAAGCCUGUCGGUGGUCACAGUGCGCCGUCGCUGGCAGCACCGGUUCUGACGGUGGUGGCGACGGCGGCAAUGGCACUGGUGCCCACGCUGAGCGUGAUAACGAGGCCAGCAGUGGCGGAAGCAAAAGCGGAGGGAGUGAGCAUGCCGCCUUCGACGUGCUGCGACGGCACCUGUCGAAGGAGGCGUUAAGCAGGACACAGCUGCUGUCAUAUGCCGUGGAGGACACUGCUGCGGGAGGCUGGGAGAGGGAGCAGCAGCUGCGAGAGGAAUCGGAGGUGGAGGCGGCACCCAUCGUGUUUCUUUCAGAGUCCAACAACCGCGGCAGCGGCUCGCAUUUCUCUCGAAUUUUCUCAGCGGAAUCGUCUCUGCAUGGGAACGCGCCUACGUCUGUGGGGUCGUCGUCACCGCUACUGCCGCCGCGUCGUAUCCGCUUUGGGAGCCGUAUCGUGACCAACGUCUGGGUGUACAGCAUCGACAACGAGGUGUACUUGGGGCUGCGUUUUAGGCAGCAUUGGUCCAGCUGGGCCGCCCUGUUGUGUGGCUUCUUGUUGGAGAGCGCCUUCGACGUGCACCUAAGGUGGUUUUCCAACGUGGGCGGGGCAACCACGCAGGACACCAUCCCCAUUGCGCACUGGGUGUACACCUACCGUAUGUUCUUCUCCGUCGUCUACAGUGUGGCGUGGUUGAUCUGCAGCACACGGCGCGACGGUGUGGGCGGCUUCAUGACGGUCGUUGCUGAGCCACGUAGUGUGUUUGUGAAGAGCCUCGGGGUGACGCUUGCCUCGUCGUCUUGUUUCUCUCUCGCCACCGCUGCAAUGGUGCUGACAAACGAGAUGUCUGGCUCCUCACUGUUCUUCACGGCCACCGUGUUGCAUUGCCUGUGGAUUCUGCUCUACCGCGUCUCACGGGCGCAGAUAGUGUUUUUGGUGGAGACAUGCGGAUCGUUUUUGCUCAUUAUCGGCAAUGUACUGUGCAAUAUUGACGGAAUGCGGCUGAUGGCGUUCAAGGAGACAAUCUACGGUAACCUCCUCAUGAGUGGGGGCAGCCUUCUCUUCGCCACCGCCUUCCUACUCAUGGCGUACGGACUGCAGCGGGGCCUGUGUGGCACGGUGGGACUCACAGUUGCGGUGGGGAUCAAACUUUUUUUUGUUACGCUUAUCAUGGGCAUGUCUCGCGGCUACUCAAUCUCGUCAGACGCAGGUGACAGCCUUGUUGCAGGGUUUUGGCGUGCCAACGCGAUGCACACCUGUCUGCUGGCCAUGGAGGAUUUGAGUUUUAGUCUAAUGUAUCUGUACGCCCUAUACCACCUGGACGUGCUCUCUGUUUCCGCUUGCUUCUCCCUGAAGGUUGCGGUUGUGCCGGUUGUGGCGCAUUUUGUAGUCUGGAGGGGCGCAGAAAGUGUGCCACCCAUUGUGCGGGCGCGAUGGGGGCCGCUGCUGUUUGUGGGCAUCGGAGUGGUAGCGGUGGCUGCCGCGUUGGUCACUUAUUUUGCGUCGGUGCGGCGCCGCUUCGUGGCACGGCGGCUGUUCCACCUGCGUGGGCUGCGCAGGGUGCCUGACCCGUAUCGUAAGAAGACAAGGCGUGGCCGUCACGAGUUACCGCCACGGCCACGUGCCUCACUGCCACCGGAGGCGUGA